AUGCACGUGACGAACUGGGAGCUGCGCGGCCACCAGCCGGGCUACGUGACCGAGCCCGAGCAACCAGCCCAGUACCAGAGGGAGAUCUUCUCCCUGCCGGGGCCGGGCGCGCGCUGUGAUCCCCGCGAAGUCCUGCGCGGCCUCGAGCACGAUCAGCGGGCACAUUGGGGGAGACAUUUGUUGCGCCGAACGCCUGCACCUGACAAGGAGAUCAGGCUUCACAACGAUCGCAAUCUCAUGGCGGAUAGGCGGCGCUAUGCGCAGUUCAUCCUGGACCUGUACACCUCCGGCCUCGUCAGAGUCGGGGCCAAGCGCAGCGCCACGGUGGGCGCGUUUUGUGCGGGGAAGAGCGGGCGAGAACGGCUUCGGCUCAUCUUCGAUACGCGACGAGUCAAUGCACGGUUUCAUGACCCUGAUCACUCUCAGUUACCCAGUGCUGCCGCAUGGGCGGCGCUACGUACCAAUCCUUCUUCGUCUUUGAGUGUGGAUCAGGCCGACGUGGACAACGCCUUCUACAGGGUGAAGUUGCCUGACAAGAUGGACGAGCAUUUUUCGUUGCCGAGCGUGCACGUGAGUUCGCUCCGACAGCUCGCCGAGGCGACUGGGGUGGGCAUCGACCUCCUCUACUUUUGCAAGAGGCUGCUGGAGACCACCGUGCUGCGGUCGGGGGUCGACACCGGCCCGCUCAUCAUGGAUCGCCACGCUCCCCUACAGGUCCGCACCUCUUCGACCCAGCCUGGCGUGUGCGUCGACAACGUCUGCGUCGUCGGCGGCGACGGCGACCGCUGCGUGGCCGACUGCACCGAGGUCGUCGGCGAGCGGGAGCGGGUCGGCCUGAAGUGCAAGGGCGCCAUGGAGCCUGAGGACCUGCAGACCAUCACUGGCAUCACCUUCGAGAGGCGCAGCGGGCGCGUUGGCAUCAGCCCGGGUCGGAUGUGGAAGAUCCGACUUGCUCUGCUGUUCGUGGCGGACCGACGCCCGGCCACGGGGGGCGAGUUCUUUAGCUUGCUUGGGCGCUUCACUUGGGCCGCUCUCUUGAGACGGCCACAUUUGAGCAUUUUUCAACAGGCCUACGUCUUCGCCCGAAUCGCUGGGCGCCGCCGCCUGCGGCUGUGGAGCCGCGUGGAGCUCGAGCUGCGGCGGGCGGCCGCCUUGCUGGUCUUCGCUUUCUCCGACUCCAAGAGGCCCAACAGCGCCCUCGCCUACGCCUCGGACGCCUCCAGGGGCCAGUCUGGCUCAGAGGGCGGCUACGGCGUGGUGGGGCAGACCUGGGCCGAUGAGCUCGUGGAGCGCACCGCCUCGUCAGCUGAGGCCUGGCGAUGCUCCGUGCUGGACGCCAUCGGGGCCCGCGAGUGCGCGCUCGGCUACGACCCGGUCGCGGGGGCCAAGGUCGGCCGCCGCCAGGCCCGCGCUGGCUCCACCAGCUUCGAGGGGGUCGCGAGGUCCUCGAUCGGUGACUUCAACGAUGGGGGUGUCCUCUUCCACGGCGAGUUUCAGCGCGACGAGGACAUCGCCGCCCUUGAGGGGCGAGUGGCUGUGAUGGCCGGCCGCGCGGCACGCAGUGCGAGGGCGCUGCGGCAGCUUUGCGCCAUAUUCAUUGUCACCGACACCGCCGUCAUCCUCAUAUGGAUGCCGUCAGAGUGGAACCCCGCCGACAAGCCCUCUAGGCGCCACUGCCGUGGUACCACGGCUUCGGGUGCGGAGCCCGGCGGCCCCAGCGGGCCCGGCGCGGCUGGGCUCGGGGACGCGCUGCACGACGACCCCUACCCGCUCGGUGGCCUCGCGGGGCUCCUCGGCGGGCCGAGCGGUGGCGGCGCGGUCGCCGACGACUCCUCAUCUUCGAGCUCGGACAGUGGCAUCGACCAGCAGUGCGAGACCACCCCCAGCGAGGGCCGAGACGCGCGAGCCCAGGCCGAGGGGCUCGCGGUGUUGCAGAGCCUGAAGGUCGGCAACGCGUCCCGCGUGUACUUCGAGAAGGAGUACCUGGACUUCCUGACUUGGGCCCUCUCGAGGGCCCUGUCGAUCCUCGGGCUGCCGUCCAUCGACUCGACCUUCUCCCAGUACCUCGAUUUCCUGUUCUGGGAGGGCCACAAUCACCACAAGGGGGACAAGGCGUUCGCGGCGCUGAAGCAAUUCAACCCGGGCCUGGGCUUGACUGCGGCGGCUGCGCUGGAGAGGGCCGCCGUGGCUGCGGGGGAGCUGCUGUCCGCGGCCGUGGGCGUAGCUCUGCACCGAGGCUGGCGGAACUUCGCCAUCGCCCUAGCGCUCAGCUGGGACACGAUGGUUCGGCUUCCCAGCGAGAUCGUGCAGACGACACCCGCGACGCUGGUGGCGCCCGCGCCGCGCUCUGGCCGAGCCGUGUGGAGCCUGCUUCUCUUCCCAGAGGAGUUCAACCAGGUCAAAAAGACUUUGGGCUGCGACGAGGGCGUCGCGCUGUCAGACUCGAUGUCCGUGGCCCUCGGCGCGGGCCUGGCCAGGCUGAAGCGAGGCCGCUCGGACGGCCAGCCGCUCUGGGGCUUCGACGCGAGGGUUUUCAACGCCAAGCUCAGGACGGUUUUCGACCAGCUAGGCCGCCAGGACUGCCACCCGUACCAGGUGCGCCACGGCGGAGCCUCGUACCGAGCCGCAGUCCUGGGCGAGAAGCUCGCGGACAUCCAGGCCAUGUUGAGGCACCAGUCGGACAACUCGACGAAACGGUGCGCCAGGCACGCCAGGUACUUCGCGGAGGUCGGGAAGCUCAGUCCCGAGGUGGCGCAGUUCGGGCGGGACGUCGACGCCCGCCUGGGCGACCUGCUGCGGGGGCGCAGCUGGCGCGGCGGCGACGCGGGCGGUGCGGCCGAGGUCCUGACGGACGCGGCGGUGCGCCGCCACUGGCGGGCCGCGUUGCGGGCGGCCCUCUCAGGCUCCCGUAGGCACCAGGUGUACCUGGAUCUGUUCAGCGGUACUGGCAAGGUUGCGAGUUGGCUCGAACGGAAGUCCGACUACGCUGUCCUGCGGAUCGACGUGGCGGCCCACCCCGCGUUCGACUUGUCGCGGUCCGUGUGCGGGGCCAUCGUGAUCGGCUGGCUGAGAUCCCGCGUGGUGCGAGGACUGAU